GCAACUCUGGGGUUUUUGAGAGUCACAUGUCCCGAGCUGGAAGGGGUGGACUCCAGAGCUUCUGAUGCAAUUCCCUCUUUGUUUGUUGAGCUCAUAGCGAUCUCCGCUUCAGAACAGCAGUCCGUUAGUUGCUGAUCGUUGCAAACAGUUUCUGAAGGUUUAACUGUAAACAAGUUAAUUCAACCCCACAGAAGUUGCGUAGGCCUACCUAUAUUUUCACAGAAUGAAUGACAAUAGCAAACUCGAGACUGAAGAACUGCUUACUUGUCUUCAUAUCCAUCUCUUCCACCCUAACCAAGCCAGCCGUCCACUCUUCCACAACCUGCCCCUAAAUCAGCCAUACAAAAUGGAUGCUGAAGAUCCACUAAGGCUUGGCCGUGAUGGGCAGACCUGCAUUUUUGCCCUAAACGACACCUCUGUCUCCAGAAAGCAGCUCUCCAUACAAGCGUAUAAGAAAGCUGGCAGCCCGUUCUUGAGCUUCAUGAUCCAGAACAUGAGCCAGAAGGUCAAGCUCAUGGUUGGUGGGUCUGAACUGAGAUACCUGGAAAGAGCUGAGCUUGAUGAUAAGGUGCUCUGUCGCUUUGGAAGAUAUGAAUUGCUGAUUUGGCAGGAACCAGGAGAUUCCGAGCAUAAAUUUGAGGUCCUAUUUGAAACAUGCAAUGCACCCCCUUCACAGGAAUUGGGCAUAGAUGUGCCAUGCAAACCACCUGUUAUGGAUACCGGCAUACCAUGGAGAAACUUUGAGAAUGGAGCACCUGCAAGCCAAGAGCCACUGGAGUCAGAUGAGACAGUUGUUUUAGUAUAGAUAUUUUUUGGACAUUGACUACUCCGAAUCUGCAUUUAGUUAUUAUUAUUAUUGAUACUGUGUGUUAUGAAAGCACUCAGCACAUCUUGUAAUUAUAACAGAAUGAGACCUAAAACUAUGCUGCAAGUGAGCUUAGAAACAUUGUUAUGAUUUCUUCUGGAAUGCCACUGAACCGGUUUUGUUGCCUACUGUGUCUUUGUGUUUCUCUUCUUGUACAGAUAUUUUAUAACAUAUUUUAAUUUUACUGGAAUUAUUGUCACACAUUUGCUCAAAAGGUGCUUUUUUUCUCUUCAUUAUUGUAUGUGUUCAUUGCAUAAGUGCUUUUGGCCAAUGUUUUUAUAUAUAAUGUUUUCUAUUGCAUUGUAUUGUUUUGUAUUGACUGUUACUUGAUAAAAUGUGAAUCAUACGCUUUUGAAAAAUGUGAAAUUACUAUGAUUGAAGGGUUAUUCAUAUACUUUCAUGAUAUGUAAUAUAAUUAAAUAAAUACAAAUUUU